UAGCUUCGGCCGUAAAUAUGAAAUACAAAAUAAAAGCAGUAGGAAAUGGAUAAUUUAUUAAUAUUCAAAUUUGAUUCCAACGAUACCGUUUGGAAAACACAAAGAGAUUCAUUUCUUUUCAAUACACAGCAAUAAGCAAAGAUCAGGAAAAGAAAACAGUCUGGUAUUCGCAAAAUGGAUGCUCCAGAAGCUCAAAAAACUCUAAUGAAAGCCCUUGAAGACUUUACUAGUCGUGAAAACUGGGACGAUUUUUUCAAAAUCCGAUCAGACAAGCCCUUCGAGUGGUACGGCGAGUGGUCGAAUCUGGCGGAGCCCCUCGCCCAACACUGUGCUCUCCAUUCCAGCAAUGGCCAACUGGAGUUGGACAUCCUUAUUCCUGGCUGCGGAAACUCCGAGCUUUCAGAAAAGCUAUACGACGCAGGAUUUAAGCGUAUAACGAAUAUCGACUUCUCCAAAGUGGUCAUCGGAAAUAUGCUCAGAAAGUACCUGCGUACUCGCCCCGGCAUGAUCUGGAGAGUUAUGGACAUGACUAAUAUGCAGUUCUCUGAUGGGACGUUCGAUGUCGUUCUAGAUAAAGGAGGCUUGGAUGCAUUAAUGGAACCAAAAUUGGGUCCUAAAUUGGGAAUUCAAUUUCUUUCCGAGGUAAAGCGAGUGCUUAGAAAAGGUGGAAAAUAUGUUUGCAUCAGCUUAGUUCAGACACACGUAAUAGAAUUGCUGUUUUCCACAUUCAGGUGUGGGUGGAAAGUAACUGUUCAUCCCAUAUUGCAACAUGCCUCAUUGGUAUCCAGUUACCAUCCUUUUCUAGUUGUUGUGUUGAAAGAUGAUUCAAGUGAUGUGCAUUUAGUGAGAGCAUCUAUUGAUUCCACUUCGCCGAAAUACAAUGAAUUGCAGGUUCAAGGUUUAUUUGAGACUAUUGCUAAGGAGAACAAACUGCGGAAACAACAUACCCCCGGUGAAGACCUAUUGAAUGAUUUAAAAGAUCUGGAAAUUGGAGCUAAAGAUGGAAUGAAACAACUUUUGCCUGGCCGCAGGAUGAAUAUUAUGCUGGGUGAGCAUGGCAUCUCGCGUUUUAACUACAGGGCUGUAAUUAUGGAUUCUUAUGAACGAUUUGGACCUUUUUCCUAUAGCUGUGGAGUUUUUCUGGUACCAAAGGCUAGGGCUAAUGAGUGGAUAUUCUCAUCAGAGGAAGGACAAUGGCAAAUUGUAGAAAAUGCAAAAGCAGGUCGGCUGAUUAUGGUCUUUUUAGAUGAAUAUCAUAGUUGUAUUGGCUUAGAGGCUGUACAGAAAGAUCUAUCACCGCUUGUGGGAGGUCUUGCUCCUGAGAAGAAUGAAAAUGGAUCCAAGAUUCCGUACAUGAUGGCAAGUGAUGGAGUUGUAAAGAGAACGAUUGUGCAAGAGGUUGUUUCUCCGCUCACAGGAAGAAUUAUUGUUGAAGAUGUAUGUACUGAGAACAGUGAAUCUGACAAUCUCAGCUUAUCCACAAAGAAUGAAAUUUUUCGUCGUCUCGUUUUUGAAAGAUGUCCUGGUUUGAUUCAGUCAGAAGCAUUAUUGAAAAAGUCAGAGAGUCUUAGGAAAGAUGAGAAGAUGAAAAAGGCAAUUGAUUAUAAACAUCAUUUGAAAUCUAAGAAGAAAAAAAAUCGGAGAAUUGGAGAUUCAGGCGUUUCUGCAAUGCAAGAGCCAAAAGCAAACCUCCAUGUGGAUCACUAUUACUUGGCUAGUUUGUAUCAUGGUGCUAUGAUCACUGGAUUUGGGUUGAUUCUGUCCAAAUUGGAGAAUUGGAUUCUGUCAAAAAUGCUGAUCAGGACUGUUGUGAUUGGGCUUGGUGCUGGUCUGCUUCCAAUGUUUUUACAUAAGCGUAUGCCAUUCCUUCAGAUUGAGGCUGUGGAACUGGAUCCUAUUGUUGCAAAUUUAGCAAAAGAAUUUUUUGGUUUUAUUGAGGAUGAACGAAUGAAGCUGCAUAUAGGUGAUGGAGUGAAGAUGGUUGACGAAAUGGCAAAAAUUUCAAAAUCUACUGGCUUACAUGACAUUUCACUCACAAAUUCUAUAGAAUCCGAGUUUUCGCAAGCUAAUGCAGAAACCUCGAUAGCUGAUGUACAUACAAGUUUCACUAUGGGACAUGAAAGCAAUAUUUUAAUAGAAGAUAGAAAAGGCGUGCAUGUUCUUAUUAUUGAUGUGGACUCUGAUGAUUUAAGUACUGGUUUGAGCUGCCCACAUUCAAGUUUUGUGGAAGAAUCAUUCCUAAGAAACGCAAAAGAGUCCCUUUGCAUUGAUGGAAUUCUCAUUCUGAAUUUGGUUUCGCGUUCAGCAACAGUUCACAAGAUGGUUAUUUCAAGAAUGGAAACGGUAUUUGAGGAGCUCUUCAGUCUUGAGAUAGAGGAAGAUGUGAACAAGAUUUUGUUUGCACUUCCUAAAAAGAGCUGUAUAAGCACAGAUGGGAUAGUUGAAGGUGUGGCUAGGCUUGUAAAGCUGUUGGAAAGCUCCAGUCCCCGGGGAAAUGGUCCGAAUAUUGAAGAUUUUGCAAGAAAAAUCAGAUGUGUGAAAUAAGAUCUUGGUUUCUCAGCUUAAAUAUGACAAUAUUGAUCCAACUAUUGACUAGAUCUGUUUGUGGACAAACUGAAAACAUCAAUGUGGAGUGAAGGAUCUCCAUAUGGUUGAUCCUUUCUAUAUGUGUUUUUGCGGCAUGAAGCAAUUUUAAAUUGUUUACCACCCUUGUUGCAGGUUAGUUUCAUUUUGGUUUAUAUUGCACUUGCAAGUCCGUUAUUAAAUUGUCACUCCCAUUGUGGAAAUCGUUCAAUUAUUAUUUCCAUAAUUUAAUUGUAAGCCACAUUGUUAUAUGUUGUGAUGUCUAACAUAUAACCUGUCAUGCUCAGUGGUACAUUUACCCAUCAUUCUCUAUGCUUAAUGGGUUUCUAGAUAUCUGUAAUAGUGUAUAUUGGCCAAAGACUCUAUUGUACAUUAGGGGGAUUCAAAUAUCCUUAAAAGCUACAGUUGUGCAAAGUUGCGAGCCAUUGACAUGUCUGUUGGGUUAAGGUCUUGUGGUUGAGAUUGAGUAUGGAAAAAACCUUACCUGGUGGGCUUCGAGCCCUUGUGUAUGUAUUUUAAUGGGCACCAAGUUUCAUGGUCCUUCAAUGUAUCGAAGGCUUGACUAUUUGGUUUCUGUUGUUUUGAACAUAUCACUAUUCUUAACAAUGUAAAUAGAAACCAAACCAAGAGAUGUAAAUGGUAUAUGCUAUAUGUUGCAAAUAAGCUGGAUAUUUCUAGUUUUA